AGCAUGCUCACGAAACGAAACGCGCAGGAUCUACUCAAAUAGUUUGCCGCUGGUUUUGUUUUUAACUCUCAACGUGGUGUGUGUGUGUCUGCGCACACCUUACCGAGAUGGCCAUGUCAUCCAAGGUGCUGGCCUCCUUAGUCAUUCUCCUGCCCAUCAUCCAGGUGUGCAUUGCUGAAGAGAUCAGUUUGCGAGGCCCUCGUUUGACGGAACAGCGAGCGGCCGGGCAAGGAUCGUGUGCAUCGGCGACAGCUGACCUCUGCGUGCACGGCGACUGGGGUCGCAAGUGCCCGAGUGGAUGCCGAAUGCAAGGCCUGAUGACCCGCACAGAGACGGACAUUGGAAAGCGCAUCGGGGACCUCACCGAGAGGCUCGCGCGGUUGGGACGCCUGUACACGCAGGUGCACACGGACUUCCGCGCCGUGAGCGACACCUCCGGACAAACGCUGAACGAGCACAACGAACUCGAGGUACGCUACUCGGAGGUGCUCAGGGAACUGGAGAGAAGAAUCAUUCAUCUGCAGAGGCGCAUCAACAUGCAGCUUCAACAGCUCACCCUGCUGCAGCACAACAUCAAGACCCAGGUCUCACAGAUCCUUCGAGUGGAGCUGGACAUAGACGUUGCCCUGCGCACGUGUAAGGGAUCAUGCGCGCGGUAUAUGGAGUAUCGCUUGGACAAGGAGAAAAACCUUCAGCUGGAGAAGGCCGCCAGCUACAUUGCCAACCUCAAAUUUGACCGCUUCGAGGAAGUUGUGGUGGAAGAGACACUCAACAGGAGGGUUGAAACAUCAAGCCACACAUUCCAGCCAACGCCGUCGAACGUUGGUCCUCGCAGGGAACCUACGUACGUGGAUCACGGUCGGCUUAGCAAUCCAAACGAAGUGGCCCACUCGGCUUCCUCCUCCUCCUCCUCCACACACACGUCGUCCUCAUCCUCCUCUUCACAGCCGGUGUCGCCCGAUUCGGCGUUUCCACUUCCUGGAUCCAACACUGGUGCCAGCGAAUGGGACUUCAAUUUCCACGAUGAAAGCACAACGGGGAACGGUCCACGUGACGAAGCUGCUGCCUCGUCGAGCGCCCACAGUCCCAGCACUACUUCCCACCACACAGCCACCUCCACCACCUCGUUCUCCUCUGGCACGAGUGGAAAGGAUGUGGCGCCAUUGGGGGUCACUUAUAAUAGUGGGGUUCGCACUGGUGGGAGCAUGAUGGACGGAAGUUCAUCCAACACGGGUACAGGCGGGGGCUCCAAGACCACGACCAACACGGGCAGUGCGCAGGGCGGUAGCUGGAGUACAGGUGGAAGAACAGAACCCAAUACGGGCAGUGCGCAGGGUGGUGGCUGGAGUACAGGUGUAAGAACAGAACCCAAUACAGGCAGUGCGCAGGGCGGUAGCUGGAGUACAGGUGGAAGAACAGAACCCAAUACGGGCAAUGCGCAGGGUGGUGGCUGGAGUACAGGUGUAAGAACAGAACCCAAUACAGGCAGUGCGCAGGGCGGUAGCUGGAGUACAGGUGUAAGAACAGAACCCAACACAGGCAGUGCACAGGGCGGUAGCUGGAGUACAGGUGUAAGAACAGAACCCAACACAGGCAGUGCGCAGGGCGGUAGCUGGAGUACAGGUGGUAAGUACAGAGACCUAACACGGGCAGUGCGCAGGGCGGUAGGCUGGGGUACAGGUGGAAGUACACGACCUAACACGGGCAGUGCGCAGGGCGGUAGCUGGAGUACAGGUGGAAGAACAGAACCCAAUACGGGCAGUGCGCAGGGCGGUGGCUGGGGUAUAGGUGGGAGUACAGCGACCAACACGGGCAGUGCGCAGGGCGGUGGCGGUUACGCCGCCGGAGGAACGGGUGCGCAAACGGGGAGUGGGAGCACAAGCACACACAGUGCUCACAGUGCUAGUGGAGGCACGAGCAGCCUAGAUAUGCUCCCAGCCCUUCCAGACUUUGGCACGUGGGAUAUGCCAGAUCACUCAGACAUAUUCAGUAGGCGCCGUGUGUCCACAUCCUCCACGACGUCAUCCAGCAGUGGCGGUGGCCACGCCGGUGCUGCUGCUAGUGGUGGUGGUGGUGAUGGAGGAAGUAGGUUUGGUAGUUUAUUCAAAACUGAUUUUGGGCCUGAAUUCCACGAAGAGUUCCGAAGCAUGUUGCCUGGGGCCAGCAGGUCAUCAUCUUCGUUGUCGUCGUCCUCAAGAAGUACGUCAUCCACAUCAGGAGGGAAGACCGUCACCGAGUCGGUGGUCACCAAAGUUCUGAGCAACGGCACGACCAUCACGCACCACACCAAGCACGUGUCCACGUCCGACGGAACGGGCGUCGCCAACGACGGCGUGUCCCCGCUGCUCGCGGGGAGAAAGACCAGGGCAGCACGGAGACGAAGAGCCAAGGCUACACGACCUUGACAUGAUCAUCGCUUUCAUCCCGAUUAGUUCUGCCAUCCAACUGUGAUCAACUGCAAAGGCUUCGUUGUCCGUGGCUUCCUAAAUUUAAACACAAUUGAAAAGUACACUUUACUAAGCUACUUGCUUUAUACGGUUAACAAUUCUUCAAUCUAAAUUCGUGCAAAAAAUAUGUCUUCAAAAACAGCAUGCGAAAACACGUUGUGAAAUGUGACCUGUUGAGAACGUGGCACGACUAGAGAAGAACACUUUGGUACUCUUGUGCAGGCAAUCACAAAAUCUGAAAAUGUUACCUUGGCUCGCGAUGCAUUGAGGCAGUCGUGGUUGUGAGAAUGCGUUCCUCACAUUCGUGCAGCCCAAAGUGACUGCACGCAACACAAUAACACCUGGUGCGUUACGUAACAUGUUGGAGAAUUGAAGGUUGUAUUUUCUUGUAAUGCCUAUUUCGAGGAAUGUUAUCUGUGUUGCACCAACUGAAUAAGAGACGUGUUUUGAAGAAGUACACUAAAGCAGAUGGAUUAAUAAUAACAAGCUUUGCAGUUUGCCAGAAAUAAUGGAAACAUAAAAAAUAUAUAUUUCAUCAGCAGUCGACUGUCUACUGUUCGCUGGCUGUGAAUCCAAUAAAGAAAAUUUCCCGCAUUUA